AUCAAGCGUCUGCGAACAAAGACCAAAUACAUUGAUUUUUUCCCUUUUUUCUCGUUUUUACAAAGCUUAAGAGAAUGGCAGAUGAUAGUGAUAUCGAUGAAAAUGAUAAAAAUGUUGGAUUUCUUUAUAGAGCUAUGAGAAAUCGAGACCCGGGGAAGCGGCGAGUGAAACCAGUGCAGAAGCACCUGAUACAGGUGAACUUUGGUGGAGAUGACAGCGAGAAUGACAGUGAUUAUCAAGCAAAGAACUCUGAUCUCAGUGAUGAUGAUGAACAGGAGCUAGAGACAGAUGAAGAUAACGGUUGUGAUGGUGAUGAUGACAAUGAUGAUAAAAAGAAGGGUGACAGUGAUAAUGAACCUAUAUCAUCAUCAAAAAGUGAUUUAUCAGAUGAUGAUGAUUGCACUGAUGACAGUAGCGGAGACUCGAGUGAUGAUGAGGGAAGUGAUGAUGAAAGUGAUGGAGGACAGAAGAGAACCUUGUUAGAUGUAAUUAACACUGAUGAUGAUGACGAUGAUGAAGAUUACGUUCCAAGGAAGAAACAGAAACAAAUCGAGAAGCAUGUAGAGAAACAGAGAAUACGAUCACCAGAUCUGGUACCUAGUGACAUACAAGAGGAGUCGCAGUGCUCUCGACCAAUGAAAGUUCUGAUAUGCUGUGUAUGUUUAGGGGAUAUAAGUGAGACAGAUGAUGAGAUUGUUGAAUGUGAUAAUUGUGGUGUGGCCGUACAUGAGGGUUGCUAUGGUAUCAGUGAUAACCAAUCAGCUGCCAGUACAGAAUCUUCCGCCAGUACGGAACCUUGGUUUUGUGAUGCUUGCAAGGCCGGUGUGAAACCUGAUUGUGAGUUGUGUCCGAACGAAGGAGGAAUUUUCAAAGAAACAGAUGCUGGAAAGUGGGUACAUCUUGUGUGUGCCUUGUACACACCUGGAGUUGCGUUUGGAGACGUGGACAAACUAUCACCAGUUACAUUGUUUGAAAUGCCAUACUCUAAGUGGGGACUUAAGGAAUGUUCGCUGUGUGAAGAUUCUAGGUUUAGUAAGACUGGUGUAUGUGUGAGCUGUGAUGCUGGAAUGUGCCGCAGUUUCUUCCAUGUUACAUGUGCACAGAGAAAUGGACUAUUGUCAGAGGCUUCCCCAGAUGAGAACAUCUAUUCUACUGGAAUCAGCAUAUGUGAUAUAGCAGAUCCAUUUUAUGCAUACUGUAAGUUACAUGCAGACAAGAUUACAUCUCGGGCAAAACGUCGGAACUUUCUUGCCAUACAGAGUCAUGUGAGGCAACAUACUGCACAGGGGAUACCAGAUGAGAAGGAAAAGGCAAGAUUUAAAAGAAAAUUGAACAAGCAUAGACAAAGAUACCUCAUAGCAAAGGCUGCCAGACCACCAUCAUGGGUGCCACCACAGAAGAUGGUAAGAUACCUAACGUCCAGUCCCUCUGCAGUGAAGAAAAUGUUACGUAAAGCAGAACUCAUGGGCAUUAUUACACAGUCACAUCAUGUUGUUCACACAGCAGAGAAACAGGAGAGGAAGAAAUCUCACACUGGGCCAGCAUUCUCAGCUGACUAUGUCACUUACUAUCUAGAUCGCAAUGUGAAAAUAGAGAAAUUGAGAGCCGAUUUAAAGGAACUUGAGAAACAAAAUCUGAAGUUGAGGAAACAAGAUAAUGCCCUGAGACAACAGUAUGACAAGUUGCUGAAACAGACAGAAAAACCACAUGAUCCAAACAGUAAACUAAGAAAGAAGGGUGAAGAGCUCUGGUCUAUUCUCAACACACUAGCUGGAAAGCCAAUGCCUUUACCUGAGAUAUUCAGACAGAAGAAAGUGAACAAGUCACCAGCUAGAAAAGAAGUUCUCAAAUCGCCUUCUGCUGUAAUAAACCAAUGUGGCAUAUGCCGGAAAUCACAUGACCAGCACCUGUUAGCCAGGUGUGACAAAUGUAGACUGUGGUAUCACCUGGGAUGUCUCAACCCUCCACUUACUAGAAUGCCAAAGAAAACCAGUAGAUGGGGAUGGCAGUGCUCGGAGUGUGCAGACAGUAGUAGUGAAGAGUCAGAGGAAUCAUCGAGUGUAAAUGUUGAUGCUCCUAGAAGACUGAGAGAGAAAAUUAAAGAACCGGCAAAGUUCUCAAGGGCAAAAGAAGAUAUGGAAUUUCUCUUUCCUAAUAUGCACGGCCGAAGGGACAGAAAAAAGAAAAUGGCUAAAAAAUGUUUGAAAAAGAAACCGCUGAAGCAGAAGGAAACAUCAGAGGACGGACAGACGGAGAGUCAUAAACAAAAACCUGAGGAGGCCAGUGUUAGCGGACCACCAUCCCCGGCAGAGAUUGUGAUCAGUGAUGACAGCUCAAUGGAAGUGGAAAUCAAAAUUGUUGAGGAAACGACCCCCAUUCAUAGACAGCUGACAUCAUUUCAUGAAGUGUCCAGGAAAGGUCGGAAGAUUAUUAAGAAGAGACAUUAUGAUGAGGAGGAGGAUGACAGCGAUACUUCCCCUAAACAGUCAGCAACGGGGAGAAAGGUGACACCAGAUAAAGAUGGAGUGAAAAAAGUGCCGUCAAAGCCCCCGCCACAUCAGCCGACCCAGUGUGUCACGUGUUCGGAGACAGGAAGCAGGAAAACAAUGGUGCAAUGUGACAGCUGUGAGCAGUGGUAUCAUUUAAAAUGUCUGGACCCACCGUGUACAAGGACCCCAAAACAGCGAGGGUAUACCUGGAUCUGUGAAGCCUGUGAUGUAUCAGAAGAUUCUGAUGAUGAUGAUAAUGGUGAAGAGAAAACUUGAAGUCAACUUUCAUCAGACAUUAUGAAGGAAGCUCUGACAUCACAGUCUGAUGCAGCUGGCCUAGGACAGUGACAUUUUAUUAGAAGUACCAUUAUGUGUUCAUACUGUAUCAACAUUUUGCAAGCUUAAAUUACAUGUGAUAUCCUGCAAUUGUUGUUGUUUUUAUUUUGUAUUUAUAUUUUUAUAUAAGUGGCUAGCUCAUGGUUAGUGCUGUCAAGUUGUCUAUAUUCAACAUGUGGGGUUGACAAGUCAAAAAUUUGAGAAAUCGGUGAGAACUAGUUUUGAGGUCAUGCAAUAUGGCUGGCUGCUAUUGACCCUCAGGCAAUAGUUCUGACUAUCGACUAGCAAGCCAUUCAGUAAGUGUAUACUAUGAUGGCUGUUCAAAAAUAACGUAGACUUUUGCUGUCAAAUGUCCAUAUUGUAUAAAUAGCAAUGUGAAAUAUAUCAUUGUAAUUCGCAAUUUUUAUAUAAUUUGGUCAUACAUUUUUUGUAACAUUUUUGCUGAUAGACGAAGCGCGUCAAACGUUUUUAUUACCAUAGCUACGCAUAACCAGCACAGUCGCUUUUUGAUCUGUCGUGACUUGAAUUCGAUCGCUAAUACUUGCAUUAAUAGUAUACCUGUUUCCCACAAAAUAUGUCAAACUGCAGCAACACGUCUGGGCGACAUGCACCUAGAGUAUGGCGUCAUUCAGACAUAGGAGGCGAAAGAAUACAACGUUUAAACUAAGUGAGUAUUACUGUUUAUUAUGCAUGUAAUGUCGUCAUCGGUUUGCAUAGAUACCGGGUAAUAAGACAGUUGCUUAGUUAUUGAGAAAUUUUGGCAAACAGCAACUGAAAUUCAUAAACUAAUGAAGCAGACGCCAUAACCAUGUUCAGUCAUCUGUGUCUUAAUCUUCAAGUGGUACAAACGAUUCUCAAAUGGUCCAAAAUUGCUUAAAGACAGCCAAGAUAAAGGGAGAAAACGGAAAAUCUGUGAAUGGACGUUAACGCGAAUGUGUGACGCCGUAGAUAAAGACCAAGUACUCACGUUAAGUACCCUGUCCGAGAUGCAUGGCAUAAGUGUUCAUACAUGUUUAGUAUUCUAACCAAACAACUUAUUAUGACGAGUAUUUGCUCAUGAAAAUUUAUAAAGAAAUUUACAAAUAUGAAUUAAUGCAAACUUAAUAAAAGCAUCACAAUGAAGGCACGACGUCGUUAACGUUGUUGAAAUAUAAUCGCCGUGCACCGGGUUUGUGCAAGUGACUGUUUUUAAAGAGGCAUAACUCUUGAUUGCAUGGUCAUAAUCACGUCAAAUUUGCAGUGCAGUUAGUAGAAAGAUUUCAAAUUAUGAUGGUAUAUUUCUUGUCUUGCUUCAUUAAAGUAUAUAAAAGCUAGAGAAAAAGUCUAUGUUAUUUUGGAAGAGCCCUCUAUAAGGGUUGGCAACUGUUGCUGGACAUGUUGAUUUUCACUCAGUUAAACACGAGUAUCAAGGUUGAUGCUGUGGUAAAAAAGCCAAGUAUCACUUUCCUUUGGGAUUAAAUAUACACUCAUCAAAGAUAGAUACAGUUUUGACCUUGUCUGUCUGUAAAUUAUCCCAUUUGAUUUUUUUGUCCAGUCUCGCUCUAUCUUUUAACUUCUUUAAGAUGGGUAGAAUGUAAAUAUUAUCCAGUUGACUGUCAGGUAUCACAGUCCAAUUAUCAUGGCCUAGAUCACAACUGAGGUCAAAAGUUUGAGCUUUUGACGCCUGUGUGGACUAUAUCUUCUAAAUUCCACAGUAUAUAUUGAUUAAACUGGUGGAAUGUUCCAUGCCACCCUUGAGUGAACUACACAAUAUUAUAAUACCAGAUUUAUGUAGUGCCCUUUCCAUGAUAAACUCAGUGAUUUGCUUGUUGCUGUAAUAUAGUUAUAUUUAGAAACAUGCAAAAUGAGAAUAGAUUUUGCAAGAACUUGUGACAUACUUCAUGUGCUUUGAAUGUCACCUGACUGGUUUACAUCAGCUGCAAAUUUUAAUGAAAUUCCUGCAGAUGAAAUAUCAUCCUUGCAAAGAGGAGAUAGUCCUGAAUGCCGCCAGGUGUAAGCUGCUUGUUAAAAUUGAAACCUCAGACAAGUGGCUACAUUUAUAAUUGCCGAAAAUGGUUUAAAGGUUUUAGCUCAUUGAAAGUUCCUCAGUAGUUUUGCUGUAACCAAGGCAAUCUGACAAUCAAGACGGUUAAAGUGGCAACUAUACACUCUUCCAGUGGGGAUCUUAAUAAUUGAAGUAGCCAUAAGCUGAAUAUAGUCAUUUGCAUUAGGAAUCUCUGUAUUUUGGUGUCCAUGUGACUAUAUUUUAUAUCCAUUUAGUGUGAAAGAAAUAUUGAAUGAGUUAAUAAAUGUUUACAGUUCUUGGAGUCUGCAGAUAAAAGAAGUUCUAAAUUUAAAACGAUAUACUGUAAAAGCACGUAUUUUUGCUUGGUCAAAAUUUUGCAAAUUUGAAAUUUCGAGUAUGUUCACAAGGUUUAAUAUUCCCGAAAUUGUAAAAAUGGUAUUCUACUUGGAUUUAAAUUAUACUUAUGGUGAAUAUUUACGCGAGGAUUAAUUUUCGUGAGAUGUAGGGCCUGGGGAAUAUAGUGAAAAUUAAACCCUUGUGAAAAUCUCUGCUUUUACAGUAGGCAAUAAAGACAAGCAAGUGGCUUAUAUUCCAAUUUAAUACUAUGAGUUUCGUUUGAUACAUAUCGCUAUAAAAAUAUACAGGAAAAUAUAUACAAGCAUGAUGUCCAGGUCAUAAAACUGAUAAAGGUGGUCAAGCAUUUUAGUGACAUUUUUACUCAUUUUUGAGUUUCCUUGCAUUUCCAUGUUGUAUCUGCUACAAAACAAUAGGUUCAUUAUACACACAAAAUGGCUGUUACAAGCAGCUCUUUCCUUAGUUGGUAAAGUUGUUGAAUAUAGAUCAUUAAGUUAUUACCUCCCUUUAUGCAUUGUAAUAAGAUAUUAAAGAUUACAUAAUA